AUGGUUCAUAUUUUAUUCGAUACUUCUACAGUAGGAUAUGAUGAUUUUAUUCAAACACCUUUAAAUAUACAAGAAGGGAGCGGUUUAGAGAAUACUUAUACUUAUUUCAAAGGAGCUUCCCCUUUUCAAAGAGGAUAUGGAUUACAAGGUGGUGCGGGAAUAGGCGAUGUUCUUCGAGGACUUUGGCGCUUUUUUCUUCCUAUUGUUCGUCGUGUGGGGACUACUGUAUCAGCUGAAGCUUUAAACACGGGGCAGCGUGUGUUAGAAAGAGUAAACCAGGGAGAGAAUAUCAAAGAUGCUCUAACUAGUGAGGGAAAGAAGGGGAUAGACACACUACUUGAGAAGGGAGGCAUGCCUAAACAAUUUGGAAGUGGCGGUGGUCCGAGAAAAAGUAUAAAAGAUAAAAGAAAGUUUUCCCAGCCAAAUCAUAAAAUCAUUAUUGGAAAAGUUAACAAAAAAAGAGUCAGAUCAGACGCAUUCGGACUUUAUUAA